AUGGGCACAAAGCUAUCUGUGUCCCUUGAAGGAGCUUUUGAGCCAGAAAUCGCUCCUCGAGUUGAUCGACCGCCAACGUUCGACCCUCAGUAUGGAUUUGAGCAUCCUCGGAAGGUAUUUUUCUUCACGAAAAGUCUCAAGGCUCAAAAAAAGAUUUAAGGUACGUGAAAUGAAAGCGACUUGGGAAGAAAUGGAACAGUGGCGAUUGAAGCCCGGUCAGCGUGACUACUGUGCUCAUUUGCUGAUUGACUUGAUGAAAUGUCAGGUGAGUGGAUUCGGCAACGGAAUUUUUUGAAUAAUUUGUGUUAUUUUCAUUAUUUUGUUGUUUUCAGACGAAAAAUGCUCCGUUCGCCGGUCAUGCUUGUGACGGACAGCGGGGCGCCUGGGAUAAGUGCGAGUACGACGAUUAUAUCAUGAGAAUCAAGGUUUGAACAUUUUCUAGUCAACGAAAUACCUUUUCUUCAAGGAGUUCGAACGGGAACGAAGGCUUCUGCAAAGAAAGGCGAAAAAAGAUGCGCUCUCGGCUUAG